AUGGUCUUCCUGGUCUCCUCCACAGCCUUUACACAUGUACUGAGGUGCCCACUGGUCGAGCACUGCAAGUUACUGCAGCUGACUGUGUUCCGUUAACCACUGGUGCCUGGGCAUUCCCACCUAGCAACAUAUCUCUGUAAUACAUCCUGUGCCCUGCAGUGGCCCAUCACCAAUGAGCAACCCCAUGGUGGACAUCUGCAUAGGCCAUGCCAGCUCUUCAACUUCACCGGGUCUGAGUCCUCCAGUGAGAGAGCAGGUGGGGAAAAUAUGGAUGAUAACUGCUGCUGACUAGUGCCCCAUCUCCACAUCUGGCAUGGGAAGUGCCCUUUCCUCUCCUGCUUAGUGAGAAAAGCAGGCAAAUUGGAGACCAAGCGCAUGAAAAUCCUUCUGUUCCAGGCAUCUGAGGAAAAAACCUGGACUUGCCCCCCUCAGUACCCUCCCAUACUGUUUGAGCAGCUGUAGAAGUUAUUGGAGUCCAUCACAGGCAAUUACUGGGGCUGCUUGGCCUCCCCCCUGGGACUCUGGUAUGAAGAUCCAAAGAAUGCCAGGCUGCCAGAACUCCUCAGAACGAUCAUGCAGUGUCUGCACUGUGCCUCUGCCACCCAGAACUCUCUGAGUGGGGGCAGCCCCGGCCCUGUGCAUUGGGCCUCUCUGGACAACCUGGACCUGGACCUGCACGAAGAGCUCUGA